AUGUUAUCCAUUCGUAUAUGGAUAGUGCCUUUACUUUUGUUACCACCAGUUUUGGCUCAAAGCCCGAUCGAUUGUAAUUUUGAUGAUAAUGAAGAUGUGAAAGGACCUCUAUGUGGAUGGAAACCGGAUGAGGAAGGAUCUCAGAUUUGGCAUACUGGCAAUGCCGUACUGGUCGAUAGUGCUCACAGUAUUAUUAAGCCUGGGAAGAGUAGUAAGCCUACGGUUUUAUUAACUAAAAUAUCCAACUUAUGACUGAUAAACUGGUCAAAUUGUCAUAAUUGACCAAGCUGAUCGUAUCGACAGGUCAUAAUUGGUUAUGUCAUCAUAUGACCAAGUUAUGAAAGUAGUAGUACUGUAAUUAUACUGUAACUUUGACUAUAGCACCCAGGCCUCUAUUGUAUACUGCAAACCGUAACUCAUUAUAGUAUACUGUACUUUUAACCCUAUAAUACGUAUAUUUAAACCCUAUGAUACUGUAAUUUUAGAGUAUAUAACUUAAACUUACAAUAUGCCUUGAAUACAGUAAACCCCAAGUUCUGAUAUUCAAAAAAACUUAUAUUUUAAGGUAUACUGUAUUUAAAAGAUUUAGAGCUUGUAGUAUACUGUAUUCAAAAUAUCCACAUUUUCAUGUUAUACUGUAAUAAAAAACUUCAAUUUUUAUAAUAUACAGUAACCGAAAAACCUCAAAUUUCAAAGUAUACUGUAUUCAAAAGCCCCUAACUUUAGUAUCAUACUGUAUUUUUCUAGACGACCGUUUCGCUUUCGUUCAAGGUCAAUUCGGCUCAUCCGAAGGUCAGUUAGUGUCGCCGAUCCUGCGAACCGCGCCCGGUAUGACAAACCAAUUACGUUUCAGCUAUUGGAAGUCGGCUUUCGAGCCCAUAUUAGACGUAAGUUCGUAUUUUAGAAUUCAGAUAUUGAGUUUUAACAAAAAAUGGCAAGAACUUUCUUUACAGAGCAAAAAAUGGCAAGAACCUUCUUUACAAAACCAAAAAUGGCAAAAACUUUCUUUGCAAAGCUAAAAACGGCAAUAACUUUCUUUUCAAACCCAAAAAUAGCAAGAACUUUCUUUACACACUUUAAAACUUGUAAAUCUUUCCAGAUCUGCCUAAAAUACAUAACCGAGGACCGGCUAGACUGUAUUGAUGCCAUAAUUGGUGGUGGUGAAGAGAAAUGGGUAAAGCGAGCUUUAGACCUUCCCUCAAGCUCCGAACCUUUUAGUGUUGUGUUUAGAGCCCGAGGCAUUCACUCGAAAGAGGACCUGAUUGGACUUGAUGACAUUAAGUUAGCUUUGCCUGAGGAUGAAGAACAGAUACCUGAUACCAACGAGUUGGCUGGGUUUGAGCCAAAGUACGGUAUUAAGAAGGAUUUGAGUGAGUACGGUAACCCGAGUGAUGAGAGGUUGAAGUACAGUAACCCGAAUGAUAGCGGUUCCAAGCACAGUAACCCUAAUAGUGGUGGCUUCAAAUACAGUAACCCAACUGAUGACAACUCCAAAUACAGUAAUUUAAAAGAUGAAACUUCAAAAUACAGAAACCCAACCGACAGUAGGCCACAGUACGACAUGAAAACCAAGGAUUCUGGAGCCAAAUCACCCUUCAAAGAUUCAGAAUCCAAGUCAGCCUUCAGAAGUUUCGAUGAGAAUUCAUCGUACAAACAUUCAGAAGCCUCAAACUCCAAAAAGAAUCGUGAACUGAAGCCAGUCUUAACCUCCAAAGCCACUUAUGAAAGGAUCGGUCUAUCAGAAACCGAGAAAUCAGCUGGAAUCAACUCUUUCGAGAUGAGACGAUCCCAGCCAGUGAUAAGGCCGAACAAGAAUCCCUUCGAGAUGGACGAGGAAAGACUACCGUUACAGGAAGAGUAAGUACCAUCGGUUUAUCAUACCUUUUAUGGCUUUCAUUCUUCCUUAUCGUAUCUAUAGCUUCACUUAACCUUCGGAAAUUUGUACUGUAAUUCUACUAUAUUGUAUGUUACUCUACCAUACUCUAUUUUACCCUACCCUAUAAAACCCAACCUUAAAUUACUUUAUCUUACCUACCUUUUUUAUACUUCGCAUGCCAUGCAUUGCCCUACACAACCCUACCCUGUUCUGCGCUGCCUUGCCCUAACCUGUUCUGCCCUACCGCACGUUACCCUGUAAAAUCUGCCCGAAUUACUUUUCUAUCCUGCCCUACCGUACCUUGUCUUACUUUAAUUUACCUUACCUUACAUUACCUUACCGUACCUUACCGUACCCUACUGUGCCUUACCUUACCGUACUUUACAUUACCUUCCCUUACCGUACCCUACUGUACCUUACCUUAUUGUACCCUACCUUAAGUUAUAUUGCCGUACCUUACCUUACCGUACUUUACAUUACCUUACCUUCUACUCGCCCUAACCCUUUCCUAUCCUAAUCUACAACACCCCAACCUUUUCUACCCUUCCCUACUCUAGCCUUACCGUGUUGUGACCGUUUCUUUUGCCCUAUUAUUCAUAAGUUUUCUAAUCUGACUCUAAUCCUAAAUAGACAUCUAAACGUAUUCCUGCCCUAUUACUUCUCCACCGUAUUUUACAUUUAUAAGCUUACUAUUGCGCCCUAACGUAACUCCUGAAAUUUUAAAACUUUUAAAAAUGUAAAAUACGUGAAAUGAUAUAAUUUUAAAACAGAAAAAUUUUUUUCAGAGAAAAACCGAUCCAACUGUCGGAAAGAUCAUACCCGGACAAGCACGACAACUCCAACUCAGUCUUGUCACAAUUUCCCGACUUUCCGUCGUUAGACACAAUUCGUAGAGAUGAAGGUAAGCAAAGAUUGAAGUAAACAUGACUUUUCUAAACAUAAAACUGAUCAGUUUAGCUGUCUUGAAACUUCUUACCGUAUUUUACUCAGACUAGCAAGCCAAGAUAUUACAUUAGGUACCGACAUAAAGAACCCGCCAUAUUUUGCCUGUAAUUUCCUGUGAAGAGCGGCGGGUUCUUUAUGUCGGCGCUUAAUAGUACAAAACUUUUGAAUGUAUUACAGUACUAUAAAAGCCAACAGUACUAACCUUUGGAAUGAAUGUAUUACAGUACUCUACAACCAUGUUCAAAUACUUUUUCAGACCACCACCUGCCCAAAGACAAACUGGCUGAAGAUACGUUUACAUGCAAAGCCGUCAAGUGUACCUUUUUGGAAACGACCUGUUUUUGGUAUGUUGUAUACGUGACCUUAUUGUUCAAAUAAUGCUGUGCCCCUUCUCAACAACUUUUCAAAGUUAGGGUGCAGAAUUAUUUGAACAACUUAAUAUUAGGUGCCGACAUAAAGAACCCGCCAUACUUUUUCUGUAAAAAAUGGCGGGUUCUUUAUGUCGGCACCUAAUAGUAGAAAAUUUGUUGUAAAACAAGUUCAAGGUAUUGUUUUAGGUCCCUGAACAACAAAUGGAACAAAGGAGAUGGAAGUGUGGCGUUAGAAGCCAAAGGUAAUGAAAAGAUGGUCAGUGGUAUCUUCCGAGCACCACCCGGUCAAUACUAUAUUGACUUUGAUGUUUGGAUGAGGUAAAACUACUAUUUUUAGUACUGUUACCUCAGUUUUUGGUACCUUAUUUAAUUUUUAGUACUAUUACUAGUACGGUAUUAAGAAGUAAUUCUUUUUCCUUAUUUGGUACCUUUUUCCCAUUUUGAUACUUUUUUUUCAUUUUUGGUACUCUUUUUACCUUUUUUGGUACUCUUUUUCCUAUUUUGGUACCUUUUUUAUGUUUGGUACUCUUUUCCCAUUUUGGUAUAUUUUUUCAUUUUUGGUACCCUUUUGCCUUACUUGGAUAAUAUUCACCUUCCAGUGACAACACCGAGCUCAAAAUAGUUCAAAUAACUGAAGACGUAGGCGAGGAAGUGCAAUUCCAACGUCAAGGCGGUGCCAGUGAUCGGUACCACACCUACCGUGCCCCGAUUCACGGUGCUUUAACGCCGAUUCGGAUCGAAUUUCAAGCCAGCUUGCCUGCCAAAGCUUUUCUCACCCUCUCCAACACCCGACUGGUCGAUCCCAGCGGAGAGGAAAUGGCGUGUGAAACACUUGGCUUCGCCAAUAUCACCAAGAGUUUGAAACCAGAGAGUAAUGGGAUUAAUGGGAAUGUUGUGAAAAGUCGACCGGUCGAUAAUCCGCUUUGGCCAACUUUUCCGCCACCGCUUUUGGGUGAGAUUUUGAUGUUAUACUUGGUAUUUUAGAAGAAAUGACAAAGCAAGAUAGCUUUAGAACAAAGAAAACUAUCAGAAAGAUCUUCUACAUUCUAAACCUUAACAUUUCCAGGCAACCCCUUCGUCUUCCCACCUCUCGGAGUCCCAUUACAGCCACUUCCAGCCCCUCCGGCUAUAUUAACACCGUUUAACCCGUUCGCUCAAACAAACUUCAAUUUCGGUAACACAUUGGAUAAUACAGUAUCUUCGCCUUCUAUUAGUACCCCAAACAGCAUCACACCUAUCACACCGAUGAAAGAUUCGACCACAAGGCUAACCGCCGUUCAACAGGUAGGAUAACAUAACAUUUUUCGUUAAUUUUAAAAAAAUAGGUCACUCUUAAUGUUACCAAUGAAUAGAUUAGAUGUAAAAGAGACUAAUGAAGCUAUUGGAACGUAAAAAGAAUAAAUACAGCUUUAGUAUUCAUUAAAACUAUCAAUAAUAUCCACCAAACCCCCUUCAGAUCGAUGAAAACAAGUCCUACCCCGCCUUUACUUUCCCAACUCUCCCACCCAUGCCCGUAUUCGGGGUCCCCAACGUACCUACAAUGUUUCCAAGUGUCCUGAAGCCCAUGUCCACCAAACCGCAGCCUCAUAUCACGUUUGUCGACGCCACAACGGUCGAAAAGUUCCACGAUUUUCCGUCGAACGACGCGGAUUUGGUCACAAAGCCCUCGAAGAUCAUCGGUCGACCAAAGAGUGUGCAAGCACGUUGGGGAACGGCACAAAUGGACUCGGUUUCCCAUCAACAUCAUCAGAUGCUGGAAAAUUUGGAGAAGGACGGCGUGUUGGAUAAGAUUCUUCAGGUAAGUUGAUGUUGUUUUUGCUUGAAACCUGAAAAUAAUUAAAAUUAAUAAAUAUUAACAUUGAAAUAGUUUAUAAAAACAAUUUAAGUUAAUAUGUUGUUUACAAUGAUAUACGACAUCAAUUUAUUCAGAUUUUUCUAAAAAAAUCGUUUGGAAUUAGGCAGGAUUCAUCGUAUAACAAAACCCUCGCAAUUCUUCAGAAAAAACCUUAUUUUCCUCAAUUUUUUUCAAAACAAACGACCUUUCAGGUCAAUAACAACGUCAAAUCUCGCCUCAAUAUCAACAAUAAACCCUUGUAACCCUUUACAAGCAUUUAUUUUUCAGAAUCCAAUCGCCAGACCAAUAAUAGAAGGCCAAAUCAAACGUCUGGCCGCUCAAUAUGGCUUGGACUCGAACGCUUUUACCGAUCCUCGACAAAUGGAGCAGAUCAAACGACUAGUCGGCCCAAAGAUGUUCAGCAAAUUACCAGGAAUUAUCAACGGAAUGCCCAAAAACGUCGUCUCAACGGAUCGUGAAGAGAUGGCAUUGGGCGCGGAGAGUGGGGAGGUCAGUAAGGUUCAACCUAUUCGACCGGUCAAUGUGGACAAGGACGUAUGUUUUUCUUAUAAUUUUUGUCGUUUUUAGGUAGGCUAGCUUGUGAAGAAGUCGUGUUAAAAAAUUGGGAGGAUUUUCAGUUGAUUUUCUAUGAUUUUUAACCAAUUUGCGCUAUAUUACACUUGGCGAGGCGUUCGUGUCGCAAAUCGAACAAAAAGUUAACUUUUCGAAAUGAAUAUGGCAUAAAUAACAAUAAUAAAGCUAGAGUAGUCUUUUGCCUAUCUUUAUUUCAAUUUUCAACAAAUUUCAUACCCAUUUCACUUCAAAACAUUCCCAAUAUUAUCAUAGACACCGAACCUCAAAUUUAAUGAACUCUACCCAAUUUUACAGGAUUUUGAACGUGUUAUGAAGCAAUUAGAUCAAACAAGUCAAACAGAAGCUUCGCCAUUGGUUCAGAAGUUGUUCAGGACACUAGGAGGACAAUCUUCAUCAGAUGCCUUUGAUAAUGCCAUUGCUGAUGGACAACGGAUGUUAGUGUAG